AUGGGUAAGAAUGGAGUGGGUAUCCUGGUUGAUAGUCAUCUUAGAGAGUCGGUGGUUGAGGUCAGGAGGGUGAAUGAUAGACUAAUGACUAUUAAAUUGGUGGUGGGUGAGUGUACUUUAAAUGUCGUUAGCGCGUACGCGCCGCAAGUUGGCUUGGAUGAGGAGAUUAAAAUGCGCUUUUGGGAGGGGUUGGAUGACAUCGUUUGUAGCAUUCCACCUUCCGAGAGGUUAUUUAUAGGAGGAGAUUUCAGUGGUCAUAUUGGGUUGUCCGCAGGUGGUUAUACUGAGGUGCAUGGCGGCUUUGGUUUUGGGGAACGAAACGGAGGGGGCACUUUGCUGCUGGACUUUUCCAAGGCAUUCGAUCUAGUGAUUGCAAACUCAAGUUUUCCGAAGCAGGAGGAGCAUUUGCCUCCUGCUUCCUUUCUGGCAACUAUAGAGGAAUACAUACGAGAAGCACCACAUGCAGGUCCCGUGUCAAGUAGGAGGCUAGUGAAAACUGGAAAAUACCCUGGAUAUACACUUUUGAGCUAUCAACAUUCUCUUUUUAGUUUUUUCCUAUUUGAUCACAGAAACAAAUAUAACUAA